ACAAAGGGGGUUGCACACACUUUAUUAUGUUUCGAUAUCUCUUGGAGUUUUCUUAUAUUGGAACAGGAUUUAGAGGUAUACAAAAGACAAUUCUAAAGUCCGAUCCAGAUUGUGUGGAUGUGAAAUCUGUUCAAGGUUGUUUGGAUUUAGCUUUGCGGGUAUUUCGUCCGGUUAAUGAAAUAACUACAGUGAUAUCAAGUAGAACUGAUGCUGGUGUCCAUGCUUUGCAUUCCACUUUACAUGUUGACCUGCAACGUCGGGAUGGUAUUCCUUACUGCGUUGAAACAGUGACUGGGGUUCUCAAUCGCACACUCUACAAACAAGGAUUAUCUAUAAGAGUGUUAAAGACCAGCUUAGUGCCAGAUACCUUUCAUUGUCGUUAUAAUGCUUUGGGACGCACCUAUUUGUAUCGCAUAGCGGUGGCAAAGCAAGGCAUAACAGGCUUAGAUUUAAAGAAUAAACAUUUUGAGGCCUACCUACCGGUGGAGGAAUUAGAUCGCUGCCAUUUUUUACACCUUGCUCCCUUCAAUGUGGAACGCAUGAGAGAAGCAUCGCGGAUGUUUUUAGGCCGCCACGACUUUCGCACCUUUAGAAAUCAGGAUAGGCAAAAAGGAGCUUCUCGUGAUCAUCCCAUGUUUACUGUGCGGCGAAUUGAUGAAAUCACCAUAAAACCAGGAAAAUCGGCAUGCAUAGGACCCAAUGCUAAGUUGGCAGAAGAUUUAUACAACUAUUGGGAUAUUGAAGUGCGGGGGAAGUCGUUUUUGUACAAACAAGUAAGACGCAUUGUGGGAUCUCUCAUUGCCUUGGCCACAGAUCGCAUAGAAGAGAAAUGCAUUUAUGAAAUGUUGACUAUACCCUCCAAACACAAUUGGGAUCAACGAGUACAAAUAGCACCGGCCUAUGGUUUAUAUUUGUGUCGUGUGCAUUACAACGAAGACGAUUUAAAAUUCCAAAAUAAAUGCAAUGAAUGAAUAGUUAA